AUGGCGUCAACGACGGAAGAAUCGACGGCGAAGAUAGUGGCGUCGAGAUCAUCAGUAAUUGAAUCAAUUCGAGGGUGUGGGUUAUCGGGAAUCCGAGUGAACAAAGAGGAAUUGAAGAGGAAAUUGUCGAUCCCUAAAUAUCUGCGUCACGCAAUUCGAGAUUCAAUCAAGUCAAAGGAUGUUAAUGCUACCGUUGAGCGUUACCGAGAAGGGAAUAGUAGUGGUCGUGAGGAGGCGCCGGAGGGGCCUAUGGUGGUGUUUGUGAAUUCGAGAAGUGGUGGUAGGCAUGGACCUGAACUUAAAGAGAGGCUUCAACAAUUAAUGGGAUCGGAGCAGGUUUUUGACCUAAGCGAUGUGAAGCCAUAUGAGUUUGUCCAGUAUGGUAUGGGUUGUUUAGAGAAGUUGGCCGAGCUCGGUGAUUUUUGUGCCAAAGAUACUCGUGACAAGUUGAGAAUUAUGGUUGCAGGAGGUGAUGGUACGGUUGGUUGGGUGUUAGGAAGUCUCGCAGAACUUCAUACGCAGGGUAGAGAGCCAGUUCCUCCUGUGGCAGUCAUUCCUCUUGGUACUGGAAAUGACCUGUCAAGGGCUUUUGGUUGGGGUGGUUCGUUUCCUUUUGCCUGGAAAUCAGCUGUCAAAAGAUCUCUUCUCAGGGCCAUCACAGGACCAGUGUGCCGUCUAGAUAGUUGGCAUCUUCUAGUGUCAAUGCCAGGCGGAGAAGUCGUGGAUCCACCUCAUUCCCUGAAACCUACAGAGGAAUGUUCUCUUGAUCAGGCUUAUUUGUGGUUGCCAUGCUUUGAACAUACUCUGCUUCAUGAUAGCUAUGCAUUUGAUGGUGCUGUUGGUUUUAGGAUAGGCAUUAUCAUUGUCAAGGACUGGGAUGACCCUUGGACGUUGCAGAGUUUAACAAUUGAGGGGGAGUUGCCUGAGAAAGUGAAUUGCUAUGAAGGAGUGUUUUAUAAUUACUUCAGCAUAGGAAUGGAUGCUCAAGUUGCCUAUGGCUUCCAUCAUUUACGCAAUGAAAAGCCUUACCUUGCACAAGGUCCUAUUUCAAACAAGUUGAUCUACUCGGGAUACACUUGCACUCAGGGUUGGUUCCUCACACCUUGCAUAAGCAAUCCAAGUUUGAGGGGACUCAAGAACAUACUCAGGAUGCAUGUUAAAAAGGUUAAUUGCUCAGAAUGGGAACAUAUUCCUGUUCCUAAAAGUGUUAGGGCGAUUGUUGCUUUAAAUCUUAACAGCUAUGCAAGUGGAAGAAAUCCAUGGGGUAGCCCAAAACCAGAGUAUUUGGAAAAGAAAGGCUUUGUUGAGGCCCAUGUUGAUGAUGGUCUCCUUGAAAUUUUUGGCUUAAAGCAAGGAUGGCAUGCAUCAUUCGUCAUGGUUGAUCUCAUCUCUGCCAAACACAUAGCUCAGGCUGCAGCGAUACGAUUGGAAGUAAGGGGUGGAGAAUGGAAAGAAUCGUUUAUGCAGAUGGAUGGCGAACCCUGGAAGCAGCCCAUAAGCAAGGAAUACUCAUCAUUUGUGGAAAUUAAAAGGGUUCCUUAUCAGUCUCUCAUGAUUAAUGGAGAAUAG